UAUGAUCGGCCAUUCUUUAACAUCAACUGAGUUCUAGAGUGACUAAUAAUGCGGAUAUGUUGCUGCUCAGCUCUCUCUGAUAAGAGCUGUUUGCCCGCUGACUGACUGACUUUAGAGUAGACUGUUUCCUGGGAGCUGUGAACUUCUGAUUCUUACGGGAUCAUGGAUCAUACCUACACAUCUAAAAAAAACGGAGGACACUCAGAUCUCUGCAGACUGCUGCUGCUGCUGUUUCUGACAGGUCUACAGCCGGUGCUGUCCGCAGAUGGAGAGCCUGAACCAGAUGAUGGCGAUAAUAGAGGGGAAAUCAGCUGUGCAAUUGUGGGUCCGGACUACGUGACGGUGGGUGUGCCGAGCAGUGUUGAGUGUUUAGCCAACUGCCCUGCAUGCACCUACUCCAUGACUCUGGACGAACAGACGGCCCAGGGCCAGGGGAACGUGCUGGCCUUCACUGUGAGCAGCUGGGUGGAUGCCUUAACAGUCACAUGCACCGCUGCGGAGGACGACCAAGGGCGGUCUGCCACCACCAGCACCAAGAAACUGCAAGUGUUAGAUGGACCUGCCAAUGUUUCCAUCACAGGCCCCAGUCUGCUGCAUCCAUCAGUGAGCCACACCUACAGCUGCCACGCCCGGUGUCGGCCAUCUUGUACGUAUGCCUGGAGGAUAGACGAAGGCCCAUGGAUCAGUGGGCAAGGGAAUGUCCUUUCUAUCACUCCUCUGGAGAUAGACAACUCCAAAACUCUCGUCUGCAAAGCCACCAACAGUGUGUCCGGUCUUUUCGUCGCUGCUACUCAAAACAUAGAGGUUACAUCUGGUCCAUCAGAGAUUCAUAUCAAAGGUCCAGACGUGAUAUCGAUUUCAGAGAAGCAGCAGUUUGUGUGCUCCGCUGAAUGCCAGCCUUCCUGUCGCUACGUGUCGUCUGUCAACAGUCAGACAGUGAGGGGCAACAUGAUGGAGGUGACGGUGGAUCAUCCCCUUAAAUCUGUCACUCUCAAGUGUGAGGCGCAAAACACGGCUUCAAGGAGGACCGCCACAGCCACAAAAACUGUACAGAUAUCAGAGUCGUUCCGCAGCCUGUCCUCUCGUCCUGAGGAGAGCUCUUUGCUGCUGGCCUUCAUCCUCUCUGCUGCACACACUGUGACCGCACUGCACUCUGGGAGCUCACUGCUCUAGCUAUUGACAAUUAUCCAUGCAACAAACAACACUUUAUAAUUUCUUGCAAACAAGAGCUGUUUGUUUUAUGCUAUUUGCUAUUAUUUGGUAAAUCAUUUUAGAUAUAAAAGGAUUUAUAGAUGUAUGGUCCUCACGAUCAUAAAGACUCUUUGUGUCUCUGUUGGACAGGUCCUUCUCUCUGUGAACUCACUUGUAAGGUAUACUGGAGAAUGAAUGACUCAGGUCCCUGUAAUCUCAGGCUGCAUACUGUUCUUUUUCAUCUGUGUCACAUGUUGACUGUAGGUUCAACCCUGUUUGCACUUCCUGGUGAGAUGCUAGAAAAAGCACUUCAAAAUCAAAGUGUUCAUUGAACAUGUGCUGUCAGAGUGUGUUGACUUUGAACUGCUCCCCACUAUUGUCACGCACACACUCAAGAAUCCUACAAACCACACUUCUCCAAUACACUCAGCCCACACCCCACGAUCAGACAUGUUCACUGUAUUGAUGCUUUUCCCUUGAUCCUCCUGUGUAUUACCCAAUGUAUUAACUUGUCUCCAUUCACCUGUGUUGGUUCACUGAAUAAACAAAGAAAAUAAAUAAA